AUGUCGAGAGCGUGGAUUCUCGACAGCCAGGAAGGCUUUGAAGCCUCGUUGAAGUUUAAAGAGGGUGUCCCAAUCCCCGGUCAGGCCGACCUACCCGCCAACGGAGCCCUCGUCAAGCUAUUUGCGGCCAGUCUGAACUACCGCGAGUUGAUGAUCGCCGACCCUACGAGUCCCAUCGGACCAAUCAACACCCCCCUCAUACCGGGCUGCGAUGGCGCCGGCGUGGUCCUCGCCGUGGGAUCCUCGGUGCGCGACUUCCGCGUCGGAGACAAAGUCAUCACCUACCCCGCCCCGGCCGUCCCAGAGGCCCAAGACGGCGACGACAGCGCCGCACCCGGCCUCCCCGACGCGUCGCUCAUGCUAGGUCAAGGCAUCGACGGGACGCUGCGCUCGGUCGGCGUGUUCACGGAGAAGGCCCUGGUCCACGCGCCGGCAUCGCUCGGCUGGACGCUGGCCGCCUCGCUUCCGUGCAACUGGGCCACGGCUUGGAACGUCCUCUUCGGGCUCGGAGGGAAGAAGGCCGGCCCGGGGACGUGGGUCCUCGUCGGUGGGAGCGGCGGGUUGAGCGUCGCGGCGCUGCAGCUUGCCGUCGCGGCUGGGGCUACCGUGGUGGCGACUACGAGCAGCGAGGAGAAGGAGGCACGCCUGCGGACGCUGGGAGCGGCGCAUACGGUUAACUACCUCCGGGAACCUAAAGAGUGGGCCGCGAAAGCGAGGGAUCUAACUCCAAGCGGGAGGGGAUUUGACAUUGUUGUUGAUGUUGGCGGUGACGAAACCCUUCUCCAUAGCUUGUCGGCUGUACGACUUGACGGUGUCGUUGCACUUGUUGGGCUGCUCGGGAACAAGGACGCGCCAUCUGUCCCGUUGGUCGAUGUCUUCCAGCAUGGAUGCAUCGUACGCAGUCUGAUCCUGGGCAGCCGCGAGCAGCUCCGGCAGGUUGUUCAGUUCGUUGAUGAGAGGAAGAUCACGCCGGCUAUUGAUGAUAAGGUGUUUGAGCUAGCUGAGACUAAGGACGCUUAUCGGUUCUUGAGCGAGAAGAGGCAUUUUGCUAAGGUGGUUAUUCGAAUCGACCAUUAG